AUGAAUGCUCGUGACGAGAGUUACCUUCUUAAGAAAGGAUUCGAGUUUAGGGAUAUCAUUGGUGCAGGUGGUAGUGGAGUAGUAUAUAGGAUAUAUGAUCCAGCUUAUCAUUGUGAGUUUGCAUUGAAAUCCAUUUUUCGAAGCAAAUUCAAUCAAUCUGAGAUUGAUAUAAUGAAUAAAUUGGAAGAUAGCAAUCUCGUACGUUUAUAUAACUACGAGUUCUAUGAAGAUUCAGUUUAUUUACUAAUGGAAUAUUGUCCAACAUCACUUCAUGACAUCCUUCGCCAAAAGAAGAGACUCUCUUUUGAACAGCUGCGGAAAUAUUCUAUUGGAAUCCUUAAAGCAGUUAAAGCCUGCCAUUCCAAUAAAAUUGCUCACAAAGACAUUAAGCCGGCCAAUUUCUUAAUUGACCAGUAUGACAGAAUCCGCCUUUGUGACUUCGGAUUAUCAUCAGUUCAGCUGGACUCGGCUCUUGACAAGAACUUUGUCGGUUCAGUCCCGUUCAUGGCCCCUGAAAUUCUGAUGAGGAAGCCACACGACGCCUUCAAGACAGACAUAUGGGCUGUCGGGGUCACAUUCUUCAUCAUGGCCACUGGAAUGCUCCAAUGGCAGGAAAGGAUCGCAUUACUUUAUGUAAUAAUUUGUUAUCAUCUUCUCCUUGUAUCGAAUAUAUAA